CGGGGAGGCCAUAGGAGAGGAGAGGAGGGGUAUAAAAGGGUGGCGGAGGAGGGAGGGAGAAGGCGGCCUCCCCCGAGGUAAACACACGCCAGUCCUGCUCGGGUGAUGGCCCAGGCUGCUCCCUCCGCCUCCACACUCCCUCAUUUUGGCCCUCCCAGGCACCAGUUCCUGCCCCGAUGGUCUGCCAGGUGGUGUGAGACCACUCCACCCACACACCAUGAACUUCGGCAGGCAGUUGAAGCGGGUCAAGCAGCAGGCGGACCAUCUGUUCCUGCGGAGUGAUCGGACGGAUGUAGUGGGUGAGCUUCGGACUGCAGAGGAGCAGGUGGAGGAGCUACGGUUAUUGUGUGAAGCUUACACAAGGUCCCUGGAGAAAUGUCUUCACACGCACUCCACAGCCGACGAGAAGAAGUUGGUUAGUAAAGAGAAAAGUGCCAGAGUAUCAAGCAGCCGAGGCACUCAAAGAAGCACUCAACUGCCUUCCUCCGGUGGAGAACCCCGACCACCAGGACCUACUCAGUGUUGUCACAAGAUAAAAAAAAUGCAUCAUGGCUUCAAAUUUUAUUUUAGUUUAUUUUUCUGCAAAUUGCAGGUGGGUCUGGACCUGGAUGCAGCGAAAACACGGUGGCGGAAUUCGCAGGCCAAUCCCGGUCCCAAUGCCAAGAUGGACACCUACCGUGAGGAGCUGGAGGAGGCCGAGACCAAACUCGAUCAGGCACGGGACACGUAUGCAUGUGACAUAUUUAGUUUGAUGGCACGGGAACGUGAAAUAACUCAAUAUAUGUGUGGUUACCUGGAACUUCAACGGGAGUUUAUGCAAAAGACUCUAUCAAAGUUAGACCGCGUGUUACCGGACAUGAGGCAACAGCUGGAGGCCUCCUCCAGUAGUCCUGCCUUUGGUGUUCCCCUUCACGAUCACCUUAAGAUCACCCAGCAGGAAAUAGCUGUCCCUCUGCAAGUAUGUGUGCGGCGUCUUUUAGAAGUUGGCCUUUUUGAAGAGGGUCUCUUUCGUGUGGCCGGUAGCACUUCCAAGGUCCGACGCCUCAAGGGAGCUUUUGAUGCUAAUUUGGUGACUAUUGAAACUCUAGCUCAAGCUGAUGAACAUGAUCGUGACUAUGAUGUACACGUAGUUGCUGGAGCACUGAAGUGUUACUUGCGAGAGUUGCCAGAACCCUUGCUCACUCACGUCCUCCAUGAUCAGUGGUUGGAAGCGGUGAGACAGGCAGAUCACCAGCUACGUCUCAAAGCCCUGUGGCUUGUUGUGAACCAGCUUCCGCCUACCAAUUUGGCCAAUCUUCGAUACCUUGUCAAGUUCCUAGCCAAGUUGGCAGCCAAUUCUAGUUGUAACAAGAUGUCCCCCAGUAACAUUGCUAUUGUUAUGGCUCCUAACCUGAUAUGGGAUCAGCGCGAUGCUGAAGAGCAACCGGACAUGUCAACUCUGGGUCGUAAUAUGAGCCUCACUGGUGACUAUCGAUCUAUUGUUGAUCAUCUUGUAGAAUAUAGUGAUUACUUCUUUAAGGAGGAAAUAGACUUUGGUGUUAUACCACGAGUGCCUCCCUCUCCAUCCAGAGUUCAUGCUGAACCCAACGGCUCUUUACCUCUCUCUACUCAGCAUGGCCGAACAGGACCCCAAACUCACCGUCGAAAUGCCAGUGCAGAUCUAACUGGCCGUGUAGAUAAUAUGAGUUCGUCAAUGAUUGUUCCCUCAACUUCUGAUUCUUGUGAAAGUCCCAAGCAGCCGCAGAGAACAAAAAAGAAGCAGGCGCCGAGACCUCCACAACCUAGACCAACGAGUACACAUGGGUCCUUUGGCGGUCAUGAUAGCCAAAUUUCAGGUGGGAGUUCCAACAGUGCCUCAGGCUCACCAGAACAGGGUAGGAGUAACACCCCGCCUCGGGAAACCAUGUCACAGAUCUUGGUGCCUGCACCUGCGGCCAGACUACACCACAGUAAUAGUAUAAGGAGACCAACUGCAGAACCUCCCAAACCUCCUGGAGCUCCUACUAAACCCCCAAGACCCAGCCCUCCCACUGUAGAACAUCUAGAACGAUCAGCAAUAGCACAACAGUAUUCAGAGCUGAAGCCGGAAGCUAAAGUGGUCCCCAUUGGCUUUGAGCAAAUACAUACUUCUAAGGAAACGGAUAUAAUUUUUGAUGAUAGUGAAGUUGUCCUCAGGAAAAAACACACAGAAGGAGUAGGUCCCAUAGGUUUUGUAGUAGAUGGUAAGACUGAAAGAGAAGAUGAGGAUACUUCCCGAUCAUUUCGCAAAUCUUUAGAAAGUGUGUUACAACUGCAGGCUGCUGGGCAGCCUGUUGCGUUACCCCGCCACAACUCCGGUUCCUCCGUCACCAGUGAAGGAGAAACAGGACCAGCAGCUGCCAUUCCUCUGCCACGUCUUGCCUCUGCUGGAGAGAGUAGUUUACGUCCAGUGAUACCUCCUACUCCAGUCCAGCGCACCACCAUUCCUGCCAUUCCUGUAGCACAAACAGCUCAACGGGUCACUAGGGAUAUUAACCAAUCUGCUGCACCAGAUCGACCAGAACAAACGCAAAGACCAGAUAAGCCUGCUUUGCCAGAGAAGCCUUGCCUAAUGACUCGCUCAACAAUACUGGCAGACCAUCCCAAGCCACUGAUUCCUGAACGUCCAGCGGCAGUGCCACAUCGACCUUCUGCUGUCACUUCUAGUGUUACUGGCCAGACUCAGCUUCCAGCACCAGAUGCUGGUGUUGACAUUGGGUCCAAGGACAAGGAUGACCUAGCCCCACAGCCUGAGGAAGAUGCUGGUAGUGGUGUAAGCGACGAGGAUAACGAAGCACCCGUGCUGGAAACAACCCAUAUGUAUUCCAUUGAUAAACAGGAGGUGGCCAUUGUGCAAGUGGGUAAUGGUGGCACUCUUCAAGUAGGUGGUGUCAACGAGAGCGGUGAGAAACCAGGAAAACCUGCCAAGCCUGAGAAGCGUCCAAAUAUCCUCCCCCGUCCCCCGUCCCUCACCUCAGACCAGUUGGAAUCUGUAGGAUCACUCGGGUCACUCUCAGGUACAAGUGGUAAGAGCAGUGCAUCAGGAAAGUUCACGUGGCCCCCACCUCACGAUGCAACUGCCUCCCCACCUGCCGAAGAUGAUGCUGCUGCUGCUGCUGCUCCAGAUUCCACAAAACUAUAAUUAGCAACAAAAAUUCCCUGCGACAGUAUGGUGCUUGUACAGUUAGUGUAUGUGACGAAUUACAUACACUAACGAACAGCUGUUCCAGGCUGUUUUUACUUGAGUAAACACUUGCACCGAUGGAAAUGAGGUGUCCAUACAGAGUCAAGCAAGUCUGGUCUUUCAUACUUCAGUGGUUGUGUUAUACUAAAAUGAUCCCAUUCAGUAAUGUGGCAAUAAUGUGGAAGUAUAAAUGUGUCUUGGGUGCUUGUUAACUCGUUCAUGCUGACACUUAUGGCCAAGAGCACUAUAGAGCAAGUGCUGAUUAAAACAAUGUUGGCUAACAAAAUAGUUAAGGUGGUUGUGAACCAUUCAUCACUAGUGUGUUUCCAGCUGGAGAGAGAUGCAUGUUAUGUAAAACAAAUUUGUGCACAAUUAUUACUUUCAGUGUAAUUCUUGUGUAAAUUACAUUGGCAAUACUGGUACUCGCCUAGCUGUACCCACCUAGUUGUGCUCAUGGGGGGGUUGAGGUUUGGCUUUUUGGUCCAACCUCCAAACUGGCGAUCACCUGGUGUACAGGUUCCUGAGCCUAUUGGGCUCCAUCAUAUCUACAGCUGUAACUAUGUAUGGAGUCUGCCUCCACCACUUUACUUGGUGAUGCUCAAGUGGUGCAAACCAGGUGAAGACGGUCUUCCCCACUGCUAGGCAUGGGUAGAAUUUGGCCAUGUUUUGGUGUAUGUAAAGUCAGGGGAGAGAGGGAGAGGGUAAGAGAGAGAGAGAAAGAGAGGGGGGGAGGGUAGGAGAGAGAGAAGAGGGGGUGGGUAAGAGA